GCGGCGCCCACCCAGCAGGCCGGCCUCUGAAGAGGAAGGAGGGAGUCCACGCUGCAAGACUCUGGGACAGAAGAGGCCUCAGAGGUUUCUUCCCUCACAUAAAGAAUUCACUUGGUGUGGUGAAAUCUAACAGAAGACUUGGCUUAAAAGGUUGUGGAGAAGAAAUCACCAUGGGAGAUUGGAAAGCCUACAUCAAUACAGUCCUGAAAGACAAGAACAUCGAAGAUGUAGCUAUCGUGGGACAUUCAGACAAUAAAUGCGUCUGGGCAUCUAAGCCAGGAGGCCUGCUGGCAGCCAUCUCUCCUCAGGAAGUAGGACUGAUCACUGGGCAGGACAGAAAAGCAUUCUUGCAAACUGGAAUCACCAUAGCUGGGAAGAAGUGCAGUGUAAUACGUGACAACCUCAUGGUAGAAAAAGACGCCGUGAUGGACACUCGAACAAAAGGUGGUGACAGCAGGUCCAUCUGUAUUGGGAAGACUCCAAAAGCUCUCAUCUUCGUUAUGGGCAAAAAAGGAGUCCACGGAGGAGCUCUCAAUAAGAAAGUGCAUGACAUGAUAGCGAGCAUGAAAACAAAAGGCAGCUAGAACCUGGGGCUUCCUUGAGUUGCUUUUCUCCUACAUCAAGCUCAUAGGGGAACUAUUGUUGCUUAAAAAUAAAAAAAGGCAUUUAGCCGA